CGGAAAAGGUCGUCGCUCGUUCGUCUGCUGGAUCCACCAUCGGGGUCGGGAACAUCGCAAAAAGAAGGGCCCUAGUGCAAAAGACGUACGCCACACUCAGAAGCUGGUGGAAGGAGCGUGCUGAGAAACGAGACGACAGACACCAGCUGUAAGAGCAAGGGAGCAAAAGAGAAAGAGAGAGAGCCGUACGGUGGAGCCAGACAAAGAGGCAACUAAGUACGCUUGUUGAAAGUAAUCGCAAAAGCGAAGAAAAUAGAGCACCAAUUAUUGUUCCGGGCUACCUAGCGGCAACCGAGCAUCAUCAGUGCAGAGUAAAACUCUAAAUAUUCCUCUUGGUUGGCUUCGAGCAGUGCAGUUUCUCAUAACCACAUCCCGGACAUCCAAUGUCAGAACCUCAGUCAUCGCUCCUGCUCAAGAAACAACUGGCGGAGCUGAGCAAAAAUCCUGUUGAGGGAUUUUCUGCUGGAUUAAUCGACGAUAAUGACAUCUUUCGAUGGGAAGUGCUAAUCAUCGGUCCUCCAGAUACCCUGUAUGAGGGCGGUUUCUUCAAGGCACAUCUGCACUUCCCUAAGGAGUACCCCUUAAGACCGCCACGUAUGAAAUUUGUCACAGAGAUUUGGCAUCCCAACAUCGAUCGCAACGGAGACGUUUGUAUAAGCAUUCUGCAUGAACCGGGAGACGAUAAGUGGGGCUACGAGAAGGCGUCGGAGCGUUGGCUGCCGGUGCACACGGUCGAAACGAUUCUGAUAUCGGUAAUUUCGAUGUUGGCCGACCCUAACGAUGAGUCGCCUGCGAAUGUAGACGCAGCAAAGGAAUGGCGAGAGGCGUAUCCCGAAUUUAAACGAAAGGUAGCGCGGUGUGUGCGAAAGAGUCAGGAAGAUUGUUAG